AACCCUGACUCCGCCCUCCCCACUUCCUGUUUCCGGUUAUGGAGGUCUGACUGAAAGACAUUUAAUCGCAGCUGCGCUACAAAAUACGACUUUUCCAGUCGAGAGGAGAAAAAUACCGACGCAUAAUUCAAGAUGCCGGUAGCUGUAGGUCCGUACGGCCAGACCCAGCCAAGCUGCUUCGAUCGGGUCAAGAUGGGCUUCAUGAUGGGGUUCGCUGUAGGAAUGGCUGCUGGGGCAAUGUUCGGCACCUUCUCCUGUCUCAGGAUCGGGAUGCGUGGCCGGGAGCUAAUGGGAGGAGUCGGCAAGACCAUGAUGCAGAGCGGCGGGACCUUCGGCACCUUCAUGUCCAUCGGUAUGGGCAUCCGCUGCUGAUCAGAGCCGGGAACCCUCAAACAAAUGUACAGCAAUGGGACUUUGGGGAUUCCUGCUCUGUCUCUGCUCUACGCUGUCAUCCUCUCAACCUGCAGACUAGUUUUCUCAAUAAAAGUUCAGUUUUCUUAAACGGUU